AUGUCAUUUUAUUUUAUGGAUUCGAUUUUUUUUUCACAGGGUUUUCGUGCCGAUCUUGAUCUUUGCCUUAAAUGGCAAGAUUAUCGUCUUCAAUCGAUUGAUAUAAAUAAUGAAAUGAAUGUGUCACGUUGGAUAUUGAAUCGUUUCGGUGGUCAUUAUGAUAAGAUAAAAUUAACCGAUGUUGAUAGUCUUUGGUAUCCGGGUGUUUAUUUUCGAAAUUCAGUUUCCACACAAAUAACACAGGCAUUAUUACCAUUACAGUAUAUGGAAAUAUGGCCUGAUAGUAAAACGGUUCAUAUGUGUAUCCGGUUUCGUGUAUAUUUUCAAUGUCUACUUGAAUUAAGCAAUUUUCCAUUCGAUAGUAAUCGUUGCUAUUUUGAGCUUGAAAAUUUUUCAUUAUUUUGUUCAUUGAAAACAGUAGAACGUCUUCGAUUAUAUAUGGAAUGGAUACAAAGCCCGGAUGGUAAUUCACAGGUUCGUGUAAUGGAAAGAUUUACUGGUUAUUGCGAACCGAUCGGUUUCAACACAUUUCAUCCACAUCGUUAUGAUCUACAAUCAUAUACGAAUGUAUUCAAUAAUCAAUCAUGUGUAUACGGAGGGUUGAAAAUUGUUCGUCAUAUUAAUUAUUAUAUCAUACGAUAUUAUACCGGAACAUUUCUUUGUAUGUGUAUCUGUUGUAUUGGACCAUGGAUCACCAUUUUGGCCUAUCCAGCUAGAACAAUUUUAACAGCAACAGUAUUAUAUGCAGUCAUUCGAAUUAGUCAUACCGGUUAUGAUGAAGUUCCGGCCCGUGAUGUAGUCUCAUUAUAUUGGUGGUUCUGGUCUGUACAAUGUUACAUCUAUAUCUGUAUCAUGGCAUAUGCAUUGGCUAUUGCUUGGUUUUAUUUCGCACGAGAAAAAGUUGAUUUCCAUAAACGUGGCCUUGAAACACCUGAUGGACAUUAUUUUGGUAAAAAUACCUGGUAUCGUUACUGGGGUCAUUUGAUGGACAGAUUUCUACAUUGGGUUUUUGGUCCAAUAGAUUUUCAGGCCAGUCCAAUGCAUCGAAAUAAAGUGGAUUAUUUUGCUCGAAUUUUUCUACCUGGUCUAAUGUUAUUAUGGGUAUUUGUCUAUUUGGUCGCAACAUUAUCACCUUGGGCAACAAAAUAUCGUUAUUAUUAAAAUCAGAAUUAGAACACGUAUUUAAAAAAAUUGGAAUAAAAAUUUUUUG